AUGGUGUCCAGUGCCGUGGCCCGUCCCAUACAGCUGGUCUCGCGCGUUAUGCAAUGGACCAGCGCCGUCAUCGUCAUGGGCAUCACGUCCUACUUCAUCAACAAGGGUCCGCGCGGUCAGCAUCUGAUCUUCACGGAGGUUAUUUCCACAUUAUCAGUCGUCUUCUUCCUUCCCGCCUUCGUCUCGCCGUUCAUGCCCACCGCGCUGGGUAAAUUCGUCCUGCUGAUCGACGUGGUGUUUUCGUAUCUAUGGCUCACAUCCUUCAUCUUCGCCGCCCAAGACUACAAUGAAUCAAACUGCUACUGGAACUCUCCUGCGCGCGAAUCCUGCUCCAAGAAGAAGGCCAACGAGGCGUUUAUCUUUUUGGCUUUCAUCUUCACCUUCUUCGGCAUGUUCCUGGAAGUCCUGGGCCUGUGGGCCUACCGUCGCGAGAACCCUACUCCUCCGGUGCGCGAGAAGACGGGCGGUGCUCACGGCGGUCCCGCGGAUGCUCCUGUUGCGGAGGCUUAG